AUGAAGAGGCCGCGGUCCGCUCCCGUGCAGGAAGGAGGCGAAGCGGCGGAGUUUGGAGGCAGCUCCGGGGACAAGUUUAGGGAAAGUUGGAAGAGACGAGUCCUGGAACAGAGGGGGGGGGGCCUGGAACAGAGGGGGCGGGGCCUGGAACAGAGGGGGCGGGGCCUGGAACAGAGGGGGCGGGGCCUGGAACAGAGGGACGGGGCCUGGAACAGAGGGGGCGGGGCCUGGAACAGAGGGGGCGGGGCCUGGAACAGAGGGGGCGGGGCCUGGAACAGAGGGGGCGGGGCCUGGAACAGAGGGACGGGGCCUGGAACAGAGGGGGCGGGGCCUGGAACAGAGGGGGCGGGGCCUGGAACAGAGGGACGGGGCCUGCACGGUCUUCUCGCAAAGGAGACAGGCCCUGAAUGUGCAGCUCCAGCUCCUCCUGGUUCACAGGGAGGAGAGAGAGUGGAGCUGCAGAUCGGGGAAAGGAACUGGGGCCGGGAGAAGCUGGACCUGCAGGAGGGGUUCAGUGCAGAGAGAGUCCAGUGGGAGCAGAGACACUGGGAGACCACGGCACACAGCAAGGUACCACCAAUGACCACUGUAGACGGAUAG